AAUCUAAAGUAUUAUUAUUAUUCAUUUUCCAUAUUCUGUUUUUUUCUUUUUUUCUUUUAUUGGGUAAUGGAAAUGGCGACCUCCUCCUCCUUCAUCUUAGGCUCAGAUUUCAAAUGCACAUUCUCUUCGAGUAAUACUAAGAUUCUGUCUGGGUUUGCUGGAUUGGGACACCAAUACCCACAUGGUUUCUUCAGUAAAAGCUUCCACUUUCCCACUGUGUCUACUAGAAUGGUGGUUGGGACUACAAAGAUGGUUUCUGAUGUGUAUGUUGGAAGAGACACAAGCAUCAGAAUCAAUAGCAAGAUAUACACCAAGCUGGACUCUUGUCUAGUGAUACCACCUACCCCUAAUCGUGCUAAGCCUCGGGCUAUAAUCAAAUUCCUGGGUGGUGCCUUCAUUGGUGCUGUUCCUGAAGUUACAUAUGGCUACCUAAUAGAGUUAUUGGCAAAGGAAGGUUUUCUUGUUGUGGUGGUGCCUUACAAUGUGACAUUUGACCAUACUCAAGCUGCUAAACAAGUAUAUGAGAGGUUCCACACUUGUUUGGAUACAAUCCUAACAUCUGGCUUGCCUCAAGCCAAUUUGUCACCAGCUCAGCUUGGAGACCUUCCUCUUUUCUCUGUUGGCCACAGCAAUGGUGCACUUCUUCAACUACUCACAGGAAGCUUAUUUUCUGAGAAAAUACCCAAGGCAAAUGCCAUAAUCUCAUACAACAACAGGCCAGCAACGGAGGCAGUCCCUUACUUUGAGCAGUUGGGUCCUGCAGUCAGACAGAUGAUGCCGGUUGUAGAAGGAAGUCCUGUUUAUUCAAUGGCCAGAAAUGCAUCAGGAGAUGCAUGGAAGAUGAUGCUGGAUGCUGUUGGAUCAAUUAUACAGGAAAGCGAGCAGGAAGUUCUGAAUUCAUUAACUAAAUUUGUUGACCAGUUACCAUUAGUAAUGAAUGAGGUUACACAAGGAGUAUCAGAGUUCAAGCCAACACCAUCUGAAAACCGUGAUUGCUUUAAAAGUUCAUACAAUGUUCAACACACAUUACUGGUGAAGUUUAAUUUUGACACAAUUGAUGAGACAGAUAUUCUUGAAGAAACACUGAGGCCUCGUGUGGAGUCAUUGGGGAGGACAUUAGAAAAAGUACAAUUGAGUGGUAACCACAUCACACCAUGCAUUCAGGAACCAAGAUGGCAAGUGGGUAAAUUGUAUACUCCAACAGAUGCUGUUGCCCAAGGGCUCAAAUCUCUUUCUUUGAAUGAGACUAGAAUCCUUGCCAGAACCAUUAGUGACUGGUUCAGACGUUUUGAGGAUUGAAGUGCCAGGGAUGAAUUGCAUUGCACACAUAAUGCAAUAUAAUAUUGGCUAUAAUAUGUAUUGGACAUUUGAAUCCAAAGGUGAUAAUUGAAAACAUUUGCUGUGUAUAUAACUUAAAAAGGUUAAAAUAACGAUCAAAAUAUGUUGCUGUAGCCUAUAUCAUU